AUGGCGAUGAAGGCGAUGAGUGCGCGGGUGGUGGAUGUGGGGUCGUGCCGGCUUCGGGUGGCCAGCGCCGGAGAGGCCACUGCUCCGCUGGUGCUGCUGCUGCACGGGUGGCCGGAGUUUUGGUACAGUUGGCGGCACCAGUUGCUGGCGCUGGCCAAGGCGGGGUACCACGCGGUGGCCCCGGAUCUCCGGGGCUUCGGGGGUUCCGAUGCCCCGGAACACGUGAAGGACUUCGAUUGCCUCGAAAUCGCCAAAGACAUGCUGGGCCUGCUGAAGGUUUUGGGCAAGCCUUGCUAUGCGCUGGUGGGCCAUGAUUGGGGCGGCCAGCUGGUGUGGUACUUGGGCUGUCUCCAUCCUCAAGCCUUUCCCAGGCUCUGUGUUAUGAGCACGCCCCCCGUGGGUCUGCUGGUAGCACCCAUCGACCAGCUCUCCAAGCAGUUCGGCGACAACUUCAACUACGUCCUCUACCACAACGAGUUUCAGUCUUACGGCACGCCUUGGCCAACGGAAGACCCAACAGCACGCCGCGGCCCUGCGGAAGACGAGUAUGAAGCGGAUGUGGAGAGCUUCCUCUUGGCAGUGUACCUGGCUGGGGCCGCGUCGACCGCGGAAGUCAAAGCCAUGGAGCUGCCCAAACCGCGGUGCCAAGAUCCCAAGCGCUCUGCUGGGGGCUUCCGCGAUCGCAUGCGAGCCGCCGAUGCCUCCAAGCAUUUGCCUUCCUGGAUGCCAAGACACGCCCUUGAUCGCUUCGUGCACGCCUUCCGCACGUCGGGGUUCCGCGGGGGGCUGAACUACUACCGCUGCAUGGACCGAAACUUCGAGAUCACUCAGAGCGCCUUCCGGAGCGCAGGCGGCAAGAUACACCAACCUCUUCUCUUCAUCGCGGGGGAGAAGGACAGCGUCAUUAAAAGCUAUGGUGGGCCCAAGGCCAACAAGCUUCUGCUGGAGAAGGUGUGUGCCGAUCUGCGUGGAUGCACCUUCAUACCUGACUGCGGGCACUGGAACCCUCAAGAGAAGCCAGGAGAGACCAGCGCAGCGCUCAUUGACUUUCUUGAGGCCACAAAGCAUGUUGCAACUCCAGGUCACAGUCGUUUGUGA